AUGGGAACUUACUUGGGAAAUGGUGCAACUACUAACUUUCUAUUUGGGUUUUGGAAUCCCAAAGGAAUAUUGUGGGAUUGGUUAGCUGAUGAAUGCAUGUGUUCUAUUUGUCCUGAUAAGGAGAGUAGAGUUGCUGAUUUUAUGCAAGAUGGAAAGAUUGUACUUCCAAACUACUCCCAUGGGAUCCAAUGUGAGUGUGUGGAUCUUCUACAGAGGAUUGAGUAUGAUGUUAGAGAUGAAGACAAAACCAUUUGGAAGGGGAGUAAAACAGGGGAAUUCUCUAUGAAGGACACUUUCAAAGCUUUAUUUGGAGAAGUUGUUGAGGUUGGGUGGACUAGAAUGGUUUUGUUUAAGCAUAACAUUCCAAGACACUCUUUUAUCAGUUGGUUGGCUCGUCAUAGUAGAUUUAAAACUAAAGCAAAACUGAUGAGAUGGGGAAUUAUGGACAGUGCUGGCUGUGUGCUCUGUGAAAAUGGGAUUGAAGAUGAAGAACAUUUAUUCUUGAACUGCACUUUUUCCAGGGAUAUUUGGCAAGGACUUUUGAUUAAGAUGGGAGUGUGUAAAGAGUUAUCAAAUUCUUGGGAUAUUGAGCUCUUAUGGUGCCAGAAAAAUUUACUAGGUGAUGGAGCUGUUACUACUGAUAAAAAGCUAUGCUUGAAUAGCUUUAUUUAUCAUGUGUGGAUGGAGAGAAAUAACAAAAUUUUCUCCUCUAAGAAGAUGGUUGCUGCAGGUGGUGGUUUAAGUAGUGACGAAGCUGAUAAUGACAGCAAUGAAGAUGGUGGUGGCGGAGGCGAAGAUGGUGCUGGUGGUGAAACGAUGAAGAUGUGUCGGUUCUUCUAUUGGUUUUUCUCCGAGUGA